CCCACCUGUGCCCAGCAGUGCGCCCACUAGCUCCGCCCACCUGUGCCCAGCAGAUGCACCCACCUGUGCCCAGCAAUGCACCCACCUGUGCCCAGCACUGUGCCCAGAAAUGCCACCUACCUGUGCCCAGCAGUGCCACCCACCUGUGCCACCCACCUGUGCCCACCAGUGCCACCCACCUGUGCCCACCCCCCAGUGCUGCCCACCAGUGCUGCCAGUCAGUGCCACCAGUCAGUGCCCAGCGGUUGUGCCAGUCAGUGCCGCCAGUCAGUGCCCAGCAGUGAUGCCAGUCAGUGCCGUCUACCAGUACCCAUCAUCAGUGUCACCUAUCAGUGUCACCCUAUCAGU